AUGCUUGAUUAUAAGUGCUUAGGAAGUGAUAACCGACUUUUAUCUUUCCUCUUCUACGAAUCCCCAAGCAAGUAUCCUCUACCACAUCACCAGCCGUACCUCAAGCUUUUGGAUCCAAACCUUUACGGAAUGCAAAAAAAACAGGUCUGUCCCAAAGCCAAAAUCCCUUUUCUCACAGAGCAAGCGGAGUACAAUAUAGUUCUGUUCCAGUCUGACUGGUUCGGCGUAACAUCACUGACCGUAUUACAGGACUUCAUCAAUGGUGUACCCUAUACACGGCUGGUAGAAUCUGUCGUAGAGACAGAGCGUUACCGACUACAGGGUCGUGAGAGCAAGCUCGAUGGCCAUCACGUGUUCGGCCCACGUUGCAUCAUCAAGAAGCACAUGGAGCAUUGCCCAGAGCAUAAUAUAUGGAGAAAGUAUGGGGAUCCCUGGGAGACCUACGAAGGAAUAGGUCGUGCAGAUUUGAGACGUCAAGAGCAAGAGAAAAAGAAGAUCGAGCAGCAGCAGGAAAAGGCUCAGGAGGCUGUCUGGGCCCGGAAAUUUUUGUAA